GAUCAGUGCAAACUAAUCAUCGGGUUCUGUAUAUAUUGAACACAAUUCUUUGUGAUUUCAGAUAAAAAACUAAACAGUACAAGUCUCAUAUAUAUAUAAUAGUAGGUACUCUUCUCUCUCUCUCAGAAGAUAAUGGAUAGAAUAUCCCCUAGUGAUUUUGCGUCUUUCAAACACUAGUACGAGAGUGUAAUGAAAGGAGACGAAGAGAAAUUUAAACAACUCUACACAGAUAGUACUCCAUCAUCAUUAGCCCCUUCACGCCCCUUGACGGUGUCCCAAGACUCCCUUUUGCACAUAGCCAUAUACAUGGGGCGCAAAACCAUUGCCAAAGAAAUAUUGAAUGCCAUAAAAAGAGGUGGUGGUGGCGGUGAUGAAACGCUCACCACUAGGAACGCCCAUGGAGACACAGUUCUUCACGAGGUUGCCGCCACCGACAUGAUGGAUCUCGCCACGGAAAUGAUGAGCAUGGCUCCCAAUCUGCUUGUCAUUCCUAACAAUCUUGGUGAAAGCCCUCUCUUUAGAGCCGCACAUCAUGGCCAGGCGCAAAUGUUUGGCCUGCUAGCUGAUGAGGUCGAUAAAAAGAAUCCAAAUGUUCCGGAAUUUCAUCUCUCCAGGGCUUGUGAUUCCACUACAAUUCUCCAUAUCUCGAUUCUUGCUGAGUUUUUUGAUCUUGCGUUUGACAUAGCUAAGAGGUACCCUGAUUUGGUGAAUAAAAAAGACGAAUCUGGGAUGAUAGGUCUUCAGCUACUUUCAAGCAACCCUUCAGCAUUCAAGAGUGGAAGAAACCUUGGAUUACUAAAGAGAUUGUUAUACUAUUGUAUGCCGAGUAGUGAUGAUCAAGAAGUAUUACGUCGUGAAGGCAAAAAGGGCAAUAAUUUGUCUCCAACAAGUAGUAUAACUCGUUUCAUGCAACUUUGUCGAUUUGCUCUGAACAAGAUUAAUGUACGGAUUUGGGGAAAACUUUGUAAAGGAUGGCCUAUGAUGGGAGAUAUUUACAGUGAAAAGAAAAAGCACGAAUCAGCUCAGAGACUAGCCAAGUUGCUUAUAGAAAAAGACACUUCGUGGGAGGUAUCUAGGUCCAAUAAUGAGGACAGCAAUAUGGGCAAGAUUUCCAUUGGCAUGGAGAAAGGUUGGUCCGAGGAAGAUAAUAAUGACAAUAGAACCACCACUUCUGUUCAAAGUCAUGCUGCUACUGAAGGCCAGUCAAACCAGAGAAGAAAAGAACAGAACUCACGUCAAACUACUACUACUACUACUACUACUACUGAUCAUCUUCAUCUAAAAGAGAUAACAACCACAACAUAUCAAUUAGACCCCUUGGUACCACCAAAUCUUAAAGCCGUAGAUAGCGGUAAUUACGUAAAAGACAUAAAGGGAUAUCCAAUUGGAGGAGGCCUCCCCAACCCAACAAAUGAGAUCAGUGGUAUUAGUAGCGAAUCUGCUAAUAACAAGAAAACCCAAAAAGCGAAGAAAGCUUCGUCGUAUCCUCCUCCAACCUCACUGCUCAUCGCAACAAAUAACGGUAUAGUUGAGAUUGUGACGGAGAUACUUAGAGUGUAUCCUCAGGCGGUGGAGCACGUAAGUGAUAUGGGGCAGAACAUAUUGCAUGUGGCAAUUAAGCACCGGAAGCUGGAGAUAUUUCGUUUAGUUAAGAGGAUGCAAUUUCCAAUGUCCAGGUUGGUUCGGAGGAUUGAUGUUAAUGGCUACACAAUCUUGCACCACGUCGGGGUCAUGAUGUAUUACACCGGCGGCACUCUCCCUGGUCCCGCUCUCCAAUUGCAAGAGGAGUUGCAUUGGUUCAAGCGUGUCCGCAAGAUUAUUCCUCCCCACUACGAAAUGCACAAGAGCCACUAUGGUAAUAAAAGCGAGACAGCCGAAGAGCUCUUCAGCAGAACCCACGAGAGCUUGUUCAAAGAAGCACAGGAAUGGCUAAAGCGAACCUCAGAGUCAUGCUCCACCGUGGCUGUCCUCAUAGCCACUGUUGCCUUCGCCGCGGCCUACACCGUACCUGGUGGUUCGGACGACGACACAGGGAUACCAAUCCUCCUAACAGACCCUUUCUUCUUGGUUUUCACCGUAAUGGACGUGCUCUCCCUGGCCAGCUCCUUGACCUCCGUGGUUAUGUUCCUCUCUAUCCUCACCUCCCCAUUUCAUCUCCAAGAUUUCCACCGCACUCUCCCUCGAAAACUCAUUCUGGCUUUCACAUUCCUCUUCUUUUCGGUGGCUGUGACGAUGCUUGCUUUUGCAGCCACCAUUAUUCUGAUCGUUCGCUUGAAGAAGAGCUGGACUAGGAGUAUUAUUUAUACAGUUGCCUUCCUUCCCGUCACGGUGUUUGCGCUCUUGCAGUUCCCGCUUUAUCUUGCCUUCAUGGAUACUAUGAGAUCCUCCCUCAAGUUUAUUAAGACAAUCCUUCCCUCGUAUACGCUUCCUCGUUGUAUAAUGUCUAAGACUCUUUGAGAUAAUUUUCAUCCCUUCAUAUAUUUACAUAUAAAUAUAUUUUAUUUGAUUUUAAAAACUAAUAGUUUUUAAUUGUGGCCAUAGUCAUAGUCUCUAUUAGUUCCUCAUAUAUUUUUUAAAUAAAAAAUAUUAUUCAUAAUUUCAAGAGUUUCUUCAAAUUUUAUAUACAGCUAGCUGGUUAACCAAGUUGAGGUCUUGUUGUUGGAGAUUAGAGUUGCUCAAAAGCCAUAUAUAGUAAGGAUUGUAACUCUUUGAAUUAAUUUUUAUUAGAAAGAGUGUUGUAACAAUAUGAUAUUAGUGCAUAUUUUAAUAUUUUAA